AUGCUCGUGAUAGCCUGUGCCCUGUCGCUGCUGCUGUGUCUGCUUGCACCAUGGGCUGAAGGUCAAUAUACCGAGCAACUGGACCUGCACCCACUUCCUCAAUCUCAACUUCUGGCUGCUUUCAACUUCAAGGCCAACACGACCAAGUCCGACUUCGAUGCCCAGAACUACCGCCUGUUUCCGCGCUCGCUCGGCCAGAUUCUGCAACACACCCAUGCCAGAGAGCUGCAUCUCCGCUUCAGCAUCGGUCGCUGGGACUCUGAGAACUGGGGACAACGACCGCGACAUGGCCGCCGUGAAGGAGGCACUGGUGUCGAGCUGUGGGCUUGGGUCGAUGCACACUCGCACGAGCAGGCCAAUGCUCGCUGGUUGACUCUGAGUAAUGCUCUGUCUGGUCUCUUCUGCGCCUCCAUCAACUUCAUCGACUCGACAAAGACCAUCCGUCCGGCAAUGACUUUUGACAAGGAGGGCUCCCACAAAAACACUUCUUCCUUGCACCUGCUGCAUGGUGCCCUGCCUCACGAAGUUGUCUGUACCGAGAACUUGACCCCCUUCCUGAAGCUUCUUCCGUGCAAGGGAAAGGCUGGCAUCGCAACUCUUCUGGACGGACACAAACUCUUCGAUGCCUCCUGGCAGUCAAUGGCCAUCGACGUGCGUCCCAUAUGCCCAACUGAUGGAUCCGAGUGCUUGCUGGAGAUCGAGCAGACUGUGGAUAUGGUUCUUGAUCUCGACCGAUCUAUGCGAUCUCAGAAUGAUCCCAUUCCCAGACCUCCACCGGUCGAGGACAUUGCCUGUGACACUGAUAAGUGGUAUAACAGUCAUGACACCUGUUACCCACGCGAACCGUCUGCAGAGCGUGACUGGACUUUGACUAAGGUCUUUGGUCAUCCUAUUCGUGGUUCAUGCCAUGUCAACCAAGGUGCUGCCCCUGAAUCAGUCACCCUGCAUGCCGCUCCCGAUCAAAACAUUACCAUCACUGCCGAAGAAGCUUAUGGCGAGCACAAGUCUGAGGAGGGUCUUGUGCGAUAUAGUCUACCGGAUUCUGGGAGUUUCGACAUUGCAAUGGGCGAACGACCUUUGAUUGCGCCUUCGACUCUGCAACAGCCACGCCUCCAUGCGGAACGAACCAUGGUUGGUUACGGUCAAGAACGAGGCGGCAUGCGUGUCAUUCUUACCAACCCAUCCGCUACCGAUGCCGUCGAUCUCGUCUAUCUCGAGUCUCUACCGUGGUUCAUGAAACCAUAUCUGCACACCCUGCACGCUUCCAUCAAUUCCGUUCCUUCGCCAUCAUCUAUCCAGCAAACCUUCUACAGGCCCGCCAUUGAUCGUGCCAGAGGCACCCACCUCGAAUUACGCCUCCACGUUCCCGCUGGAGCUUCUCUAGUCCUGACUUACGACUUUGAAAAGGCCAUCUUGCGAUACACCGAGUAUCCUCCCGAUGCAAAUCGUGGCUUUGAUGUUGCGCCCUCAAUAGUCAAGCUGCUGAUAGACUCGACCAACGGACAAGGAGCAACCACCAUGUACUUACGCACCACUUCCUUGCUCCUUCCUCUUCCUACUCCCGACUUCAGUAUGCCGUACAAUGUCAUCAUCCUGACCAGCACUGUCAUGGCCAUGGCAUUUGGCAGUAUCUUCAACUUGAUCGUGCGUCGUUUUGUUGCUGCAGACGAAGUUGAGCCAGCAGGAAUCGUUGCGAUUAAGGCGAAGCUCCAAGCUGUCAUUCUGAAGUUGAAGCAAAAGCUGCAGAAGAGUAGAGAGGUCAAGGUUGCCGACCAAAAUGGUGAAACCAAGAAAGUACGGUAG